GCAACGGCAGGUCGGAAAAACCGUGGAGGUCCGGGGCGCCUACGACUUCUCGAAGUUGCCGAAGCGUUGUCUGGAGGGCGCGCGGCCGAGGAGUACAGAAGACCACGCUGUCCUCCCAAUAAAUGGUGAAAACAAAGCUGCUAAUGAACCGACGCGAGCGUACCGGUUUGAGUUUUACAAGAGUCGGGAGGACGCGUCCAAGCUGACGCCGGAAGAGAAGCACUGGGAAGAGUGCCGCUCCAAGUGCGGCUUUCAGGACGAGAAGUGCGCUGACGUGUUCGAAAACGACCCGCUCCGCGUGCACCCAGAGCUCGACGAAAAUCCGCACGUGCCCAAGGGGGACCUCGGCCGCCUGCGUCAGUACACCUGCAAGCUUUUCAACCACCUGCUGGUGUCGCGGAGGAACGCGCCCGCGUGGACCCCCGUAGGGUCCGCCAUGGCGCGCAUGUCCAACCAGGAAUUGUGGGACACGGCGAACGAAGAAGCCUCGAACAUGUACGGUGAGAUCAUCUCACACAGGCCCAAACUGCCCGAGGGAGAGGCGGAACAGCCGGGAUCGCAGGCGGCCGGAGACGAGAGUGCCGGGGCGGGAACAGCACAGGAGGG